AUGUCUCGUCUUCAGGGAAAGGUUGCCAUUGUCACCGGCGCUGCCUCUGGCUUCGGCAAAGGCAUCGCUGCCAAGUUCGUGGCCGAGGGAGCCAGCGUCAUCAUUGCCGACCUGUCGGCCGAGGCCGGCCAGGCCGCAGCCGCUGAGCUCGGCGACAAGGCCGUUUUCCAGCACGGCGACGUCACAAAGUCUGCCGACUGGGAGGCCCUCCUGAAGCUGGCCGUGGACAAGUUUGGCGGCCUCGACAUUGUCGUCAACAACGCCGGCGCCACGUACGCCAACAAGCCCACGACGGAUGUGACGGACAAGGACUUUGACCUCGUCUUCAACGUCAACGUCAAGUCGGUCUACGUGUCGACCAACGUGCUGCUGCCAUACUUUCUCGACAACAAGCGGCCCGGCAACUUCAUCCAGGUCGCGUCCACAGCUGGCAUCCGCCCGCGGCCCCGGCUGACCUGGUACAACGCCAGCAAGGCGGCCGUGAUCAACGCCACCAAGACUAUGGCCGUCGAGUUCGGUCCCCAUAAUAUUCGCUUCAACGCCGUGUCGCCCGUGGUCGGCAGCACGGGCAUGACGCACCUGUUUAUUGGGAAGCCGGACACGGAGGAGAACCGUGCAGGCUUUGUGUCAACGAUCCCGCUGGGCCGGCCGUCGACGCCAGGCGACAUUGCCAACGCAUGCUGCUACCUGGCGAGCGACGAGGCAAGCUUCAUCACAGGCGUGAACAUUGAGGUGGAUGGGGGGCGGUGUGUAUAG